AUGGCGAGCACUCAGCAACAGCCCGUGUCCUUCGACGCCAUCAUCCAGGAAGGUCGCAACAAGCGCAAAGCUGAGCAACUCGCGACAGAGAUCUUCAGCAAGAACCGUCGAUCGAGCGCCCCGCCAGUCGCGCCGAGAUCAGGUCUGGGAGGCAGCAUCGCCAGCCGAGUGGGAGUUCAAAAGAAGCGCCCCUCCUCCCUCACGCGCACCGCCACACCCCGCCAGACCGCCCGGCCAGGUCCACUUCACCUCACCCGACCACCGUACAACGAGCCUGCCCCCGCACGCCCUCGCCCUUCCUACACCCAGUCCUUCUCCGGAGCCGUGAGCGAUACUAAGAGCAACGCACCCGCCCCCGAAGUGGUGACGAAUGGAGGAACAGGUAUCAGCUUCAAGGGAGCGGCCUCCGGACCCUACGGCGUGGUCGCGCAGAACUUCGCGCCAGGCACAACGGCAGCAGACAUUGAGAGCGUGAUGCAGAACGUGGGCGGGGACAUGACCAGCUGCAGAAUCCUGGCGUCCAACCCGACCGUGAUUGCGGAGAUGAUGUUCGUCGAGCGCGCGGGAGCUGAGAAGGUGAUUGAGACGUUCAAUGGGAAGAAGGCCGACGGCAGACCCCUCUACGUCUUCUGGAGGACAGGCGGACACAACACAAGCGGUAGCCGGCCAGCACCACCCCCCGUCGAGCUAGAACCUCAAGUCCUAGUCGACGACGAGAUCAUGGAGGUCGACGAAGUCGGCGAGCCCCGCGAAACCGAAGACCGCCUACGUGAGAACCGCCUGCGCGAAGAGCGUCGCAGUCGAGACACCCGUGCGCCGAGAGAUGCCUUCCCCACCGGACCAAGGAGCCAGAACCAGCGCAGCGGGGGGGAUUCUUACUACCGCAGCAGCGAUCGACGCGAUGGCAACUAUCAAGAUGGACGGUACGGGUAUGGUGGUGGCUAUGGCCGCGGCGGUGGGCCUGGGAGAUACACACGCGGGCAAGAGCAGAAUAUCGGGCGUGGGCGGAGCUGGAGGCCUUGA